UGACUCUUCUUCUUGAUCACUAAACGACGCGUUAUUGAAGAGUUGCAGCCGAAGAAGUUGGACGUGUCGGGUCUUUAUAAAAGUGAAGUUGGCAUACAAAUAUAAAAUUAAACUUGAUCGCGCUAUCAAAAAAUCAUGUGAAGUUUCUUUAAAUAAAUAAGUGUGUAUGUUGGCAGCAACAUUCAAUGCCAAAAAGUACAUUUUUCGCGGCAUGUCUUUUCUUUAAACUGUAUUCGGCCAUACAUACAUAUGUAUGUACAUAUGUACAAUUGUUUCCGCUUUUUCAACACGGCACGACGCUUGCCAUUUCAUAAUUGCAGCCAAAGAAGUAGGACGUGUCGUAUCUUUUUUAAAGUGAAAAUAGUCUAAAAAUUAAUAUGUGCAUAUGUGUGUAUAAAAGUUAAAUUAAAAUUAUCAAAAAUAUUUUACUCGUACUGCGUUUUCCUAGAAUACAACAAAUUAGCGCGCGCCGUUACACGCAUACAUAUACAUACAUACAUAUGCACGUAGAAUGUAUUAAUUAUUAAGUGGAUUAAAAUUUUCGGUUCUCAGAAACGUAUGAACAUACAAUCAAGUGCAGCUACACACACAUACAUAACACACCGUGCGUUUACCGUUGCUUGGUCGCCAACAAAGUUGAGCGUGCCCUAGCGAACACACACAUGUAUGUACAUUUUCUGCAACACAUCUACCCACACACAGCGUGCGUUUACCGUUCCUGGCAAAGUCAUAGUGGCAAACAAAUACAUUCUCGAACCAACAUACAUAUAUGCCAAAUAUACAAAUUCCAGAACGAAGCAUAUAAAACUGGAUAAAAUAUUGGAGGUUCCUGUUGAGAAUAAAACCGAUACUCGGCGUAAGGAUGUGAAAACUUUCGAUGGAGCUGAGCUUUUGAAAGUAUGGCCAAAAUAUGCUGACUCGCGGGCGCCGGAAUUGGUCCAAAUCUUUAACCAUUCAUAUUUUGAUUGAUCUCUUUAAAACGAAAUCUAUAAUUUUCUUUUUUAUCUUACUAUUUAUUUCGCAGAUAACUUACAAAACUAAUUAGUGUUUAGCUAUUAAGAUAGGUAAUACUCUAAGAUUGUUUAAAGUACUUUCUUUCGUUUAUGAAUUGACAACUGUGUAUGUAGCGUGUAAUGCUAUAGAAGUUAAAACAUGCAACCAUUUGCAGGCAUAUGAAUGUGGAAUAAUUAAAAAUGUAUUAGU